GUCAAAUUCCAAAGUCAAUUAUUUUUUGUGCUUCUUUCCAGGAAAACAUCACCAGCCAGCCACAGGCAGAUAUUGGCUAAAGUUUCAAGCAACAAUCCAAGAUUCUAAUCCUCACUAUUUCUCUAUUUAUUAUCUCGCUGUCUCUCUAAAUUCCAUCAAAACAUUCAAAUGGGUGUUCUGGGAAUCAACAACUUGAUCGAUUGGGAGUCAGAGUCAUACCCAGUGGCCACUGACUUCAUUGCCAUUCCAUUAUUUGCUGUCUUCUUCUUUUCAGUUAGAUUUGUUCUUGACAAAUAUGUCUUUGAGUGUUCAGCCAGAAGAUUUAUUUUUGGGAAGGGGCAUGUUACAGUGGAUGUUGGGAAACAUGGAAACCGGAAGAAAGUUAAUAAAUUCAAAGAGUCCGCAUGGAAAUGUGUUUAUUUUCUUUGUGCUGAGAUUUUGGCUCUUUAUGUUUCAUAUGAUGAGCCUUGGUUCACUAAUACUAAAUAUUUUUGGGUAGGACCUGGUGAUCAAGUUUGGCCUGAUCAGAAACUUAAAUUCGAAUUGAAGGUAUUGUACAUGUAUGCUGGUGGGUUCUAUACAUACUCUAUAUUUGCUUUGAUUUUUUGGGAAACCAGGCGUUCAGACUUUGGUGUAUCCAUGGGCCAUCACAUUGUAACUGUCAUUCUCAUUGUUCUGUCCUACAUACUUAGGUUUGGUCGUGUUGGUGCUGUUGUUUUAGCCCUGCAUGAUGCAACUGAUGUGUUCAUGGAAAUAGCAAAGAUGUCAAAAUAUAGUGGCUACGAAUUGAUGGCUAGUGUUUUUUUCCUUCUCUUUGUUCUCUUCUGGACCAUACUCCGCAUCAUUUACUACCCAUUUUGGAUACUUAGGAGCACAAGCUAUGAAAUUGUUUCGGCCCUCAACAAUGAAAAGCAAAUGGUGGAUGGAUCUAUCUAUUAUUAUCUCUUCAACACUCUUCUGUUUUCCUUGCUUGUUCUUCAUAUUUAUUGGUGGAUCUUGAUGGUUGGGAUGGUCAUGGCACAAAUCCAAGCGGGAGGCCAAGUUAGUGAUGAUGUUCGUUCAGGUAAGGAGCAUGAUUUCCAAACACAAAUUUGCAGCUUUUUCUAUACACAAGCACAAGCGUAAACACAAUGAAAGAAAACAAAACUCAAUUGAUGUAAAUGCAGGGUGAAAUUUUCAUGAAAAAAACAACUAACCUUAUCAUUGCUUUGCUAAUAUUAUACAGUAAGACUUGCAUUUAGCAUCUGUUUCUUGCAGUAUGUGGGACAUAGUAAAAAUGUUUGGGAUUUGUUGGUUUUUUACCCAAGGAGAGCUUGGGGGAAACAAAAGAUGACUGAAGAUUGGAAUACGUCUGCAUUAUUAACAGUACUCUCCAUUGAUUUGUUAGAAUUCUAUGAUGUGAUAGGAAUGCAGUAGGAAUUCUUAUUGCAAGUAGAAGCCACCAUGCUCAAGCAUUUAAGGUUCCUGUGAAUGAUAACCUAAAUGCCUUUUGAAUAUUCUAGGGUCAAGAAUACUUAUUGUUCAAUGAAAAAAAUUGUAUUUCUCAUUAUAUAUUUAUUUUUAACUACAUUUUAAACAUUUUGUGGGUAGAGAGCCUCUAAUACAUUGCUUUUUUAUUCA